AUGAAAAAGAGUGAGGAUAAAUCAGAGGAAGUUGUUUCUGAAGAUGAUUCAAACAAAAAAAUUUUCCACGAAGUUUUCAGAGAUUACUUAUGUGAAAAGUGCGCCCAGAGAUUUGAAAGUAAAAAAAGUCUGGUCACUCAUAUAAAGACGGUACAUGAUGGUCGCAAAGAUUUAAAAUUCAAUGGGUGCGAGUAUCAAUUAGAGAGAGUACACAAUGGUUGGAAAGAUUACGUGUGUGAUAAUUGUGAGAAAAAAUUUGGAGAUCGGAGCAACUUGAGAAAACAUCAAAUAAUAGUUCACGAGGGUCGCAAAGAUUACUUAUGCGACAAUUGCGGUAAGGUAUUUGGAUUAAGAUCGAAUUUAGUUAAGCACCAAAGGACAGUUCACAAAGGUCGUAAAGAUUACGUCUGCGAUCUGUGCGAGAAAAAAUUUGGACAAAAAUCGAAUUUACUCGCUCACCAAAAGGCAAUUUACGCGUAA